CGGUAAAAUAUAAUCCAAGAUCCUCACUACACAAAUCCGUCCUUUCGUAAAAAUCUAAGGGUAUAUGGGUAUUUCUGUUUACUUAUAAGUACCAUGGUUUGCUUUUUCCGACGCUGCCUGGUGCGAAAAGCCUCUCAUUCUCUCCCUCUCUUGAUAGGAGAACGGAAAAAAGGGAAAAAAUCGUUCCUUUAAGCCUUUCCUCGAACGGGUAAUCGGCAAGCGAUUCACCGGCGGUUUAUACGGUGAUAACUGCCGGUUGAAGUGAUUGAAAGAACCUUAAAGUCUAAACGGAGACAAAAGGAACUCUCUUUUUUUUUGGGUUUCAAGGGACGUCUAUGGUGAGCAGACACCGGUUUACUGGUUUGGUUGAUCGGAGAAUGAUAGAAAUGCAAAGACGCGGCGUUUUUCUUUGAUGUGAGGGGUAAAAUUGUAGAAAAAUAGUUAGGCUGCGUGCUUUUAUACGGGUAGAUGGGGCGACGGGUGGUGGUGGGGGUGGCUGUCAGUGUGGCGGUGGCGACUUGUGCUGUAGCGGCGGUGGUGGUGGGGAGGAGGGUAAAGAGCAGGAGGAAGUGGAAGAGACUGUUGGCAGUUUUGAAGGACUUUGAUGAGGCAUGUGGGACCCCCGUGGGUAGGCUUAGGCAGGUGGUGGAUGCCAUGGCUGUGGAGAUGCACGCAGGCUUGGCCUCCGAGGGAGGGUCCAAACUCAAAAUGUUACUCACUUUCGUUGACAAACUACCCACUGGGGGUGAGAAAGGAUCUUAUUAUGCUCUAGAUGUUGGGGGUACUAGUUUUAGAGUGUUGCGGGUCCAGCUAGGAGGUAAAAGGUCCUCAAUCCUGGCACAGGAUGUAGAACAUGAACCCAUUCCCCCGCAUUUGAUGACCAGAACAAUUGAGGAUCUAUUUGAUUUUAUAGCUUCAGGAUUGAAGCAGUUCGUUGAAAAAGGAAAUGGUUCACAGCAUUCUCCUGUUGGAAGGGAACUUGGCUUCACGUUCUCUUUUCCUGUGAAGCAAACGUCAAUUUCGUCAGGGAUUCUGAUAAAAUGGACAAAAGGGUUUGCUAUUGAGGACAUGGUCGGCAAGGAGGUUGUUGAAUGUCUACAAGCAGCUUUGACAAGGAAUGGUUUAGAUAUGCUGGUCACAGUGCUGGUUAAUGAUACUGUGGGAACAAUGGCUCUUGAACAUUAUCAUGAUCCAGACACUGUUGCUGCAGUUAUUAUUGGAACCGGUACUAAUGCAUGCUAUAUGGAACGAGCAGAUGCCAUAAUUAAGUGUCAAGGACUUCUUACGACUUCUGGAGGCAUGGUUGUCAAUAUGGAAUGGGGUAAUUUCUGGUCAUCUCAUCUGCCGAGAACUACUUAUGAUUUCGAUCUUGAUGCUGAGAGUCCCAAUCCAAAUGAUCAGGUUUUUGAAAAGAUGAUAUCGGGCAUGUAUCUGGGGGACAUUGUGAGGAGAGUGAUUCUCAGGAUGUCAUUGGAGUCGGAUAUCUUUGGACCUGUCUCUUCUAGGCUAUCAAUGCCUUUUAUUUUGCAGUACGUGACACCUUUAAUGGCUGCAAUACAUGAUGAUGACACCCCUGAUUUGACCGAAGUGGCAAGAAUUAUGAAAGAAGUUCUGGAGAUUUCAGAAAUCCCUCUGAAGGUCCGGAAACUGGUGGUAAAGGUGUGUGCCGUUGUGACACGCAGGGCUGCUAGAUUAGCAGCAGCUGGUAUCGUGGGAAUCUUGAAGAAAAUAGGGCGGGACGGGAGCGGUGGCAUUGCAAGUGGAAGAAGCAGGAGUGACACUAAGAUGAGAAGAACAGUAGUGGCAAUUGAAGGGGAUCUAUAUACAAGCUAUACAAUGUUCAGAGAGUACUUGCAUGAAGCAUUGCAUGAAAUCUUGGGGGAAGACAUUGCCCAUCAUGUCAUUCUUAAGAUAACACAAGAUGGAUCAGCUACCGGAGCAGCUCUCCUUGCUGCUGCACAAUCAUCAUCCAACAUCGUCGACGGCCAUCGUACAGGUAUCAUGAAUACAUAAUUAUUUGUAUACAUACAUAUAGCCACUGUAAAUAUAGAAUCCAUUUUUAAUAUCUCCAUAUGUGAAAAAGAAAAGAGGGUAUCUUUAUUUCCAUAUUGCAUCUCACAUAUUGGUCAUCAUUGUAUGUUAUUUAUUUAUUUGUUUAUUUAUUCAAUUGUAACUUUCUCUCCUUGUUGAUUGUGAUGGUAUUGGAGACCUGUGGUUAAACCGUUAAAGUA